AGAAAAUGAAAAGAAUUCUGUUCACAGGUGUGAUGUCUUGUCUUACGGUGACAGCUAUGUCAGCAUGCAACUGGUAAUAUAGGCGUUAUUAGGAAUCUAUAAGAAAAUGGAAAUUGAUUGAUGAGCAAUUCAAACCGGAUCAUCCAAUUUAGCAUAUGGGGAUUCAGGAUAUUCUAUCAUUAGACCCUCAAAGAUACUCAUAUAUACUAGUGAAGACAUCAGGGUUAGUUUAAUAAAGAUUGUCGUAGAACUCUUGACAAAUACAUUCUAAAGGUGUAUAGGUAUUAGGAUGGGAGACCAGGAAUGAUGUUGUGCGGUAUACUAAGAGAUGAUCAAAAUGAUGCCAUAGUAGUAAAUUUGGGUUGGGUCCCUGAGAAUUACUUGGAUAAAAUAGAGUCUGUGGAAGGGAUGUAAUUAAAUGAAAUGUGUGCUAUGAUAAAAUUGCCAGAACACCCAGACAAAAAUACAGAUCAAAAUCUAAUGAACACUUUCGUAGAUCUUGGAUUAAUAGCCAAAGAGAACAAAUUACCCGAGAAGUCAACUAAUUUAUUUUUGGAAAGAAUAGGAACAUCUACUGAAAAUGCAGGAUUAUUUAAAGCUUAGGGUAAAUGGGAUGAUAUAUUAAUCUUCAAGAUUUGUAUCCUGUUCCUAGUUUCUAUUCCACAUUUCAGAAGCCCUACCUGACACCUGACAAACACAAAGCAUAUUAUUGGUUUUGGGGAUCAUGUUCAUGCUUAGGAAUUUUAUCAAUAAUUUAACUUAUAAGAAAAUGA